GGUGACUGUUCCUUCCUGUAGUUCAAGCAAAUCUCGCAAGCUUACGAAGUGCUGUCGGACCCGAAGAAGAGGGAGCUGUAUGACAAAGGAGGGGAGCAAGCUAUCAAGGAGGGCGGCUCCGGCGGCGGCUUCGGUUCACCCAUGGACAUAUUCGAUAUGUUCUUCGGCGGCGGAGGGAGGAUGCAGAGGGAGAGGAGAGGCAAAAACGUGGUCCACCAGUUGUCAGUAAGUUUAGAAGAUAUGUACAAUGGUGCAAUGAGGAAACUUGCACUGCAGAAAAACGUUAUCUGUGACAAAUGUGAAGGUCGUGGUGGUAAGAAAGGUGCAGUAGAAUGCUGCCCUAAUUGCAGGGGAACAGGCAUGCAGAUCAGAAUUCACCAGAUUGGGCCAGGAAUGGUGCAACAGAUCCAGUCUGUGUGUAUGGAGUGUCAGGGGCAUGGGGAGCGUAUCAGCCCCAAGGACCGGUGUAAGAGCUGCAAUGGCAGAAAAAUUGUUAGAGAGAAGAAGAUCCUAGAAGUUCAUAUUGACAAAGGAAUGAAGGAUGGUCAGAAAAUAACAUUCCAUGGUGAAGGGGAUCAAGAGCCAGGUCUGGAGCCAGGGGAUAUUAUUAUUGUCUUGGAUCAAAAAGACCACUCUCUAUUUACAAGACGAGAAGAAGAUCUGCUUCUGUCUAUGGAUAUUCAACUGGUUGAAGCACUAUGUGGCUUUCAAAAGCCUAUCACAACGCUGGAUAACAGAACUAUUAUUAUUACCUCCCAUCCUGGCCAGGUUGUUGAGCAUGGGGCUAUUAAGUGUGUGUUGAAUGAAGGUAUGCCAAUUUAUCGCAGACCAUACGAAAAGGGACGUCUGAUCAUAGAAUUCAGGGUCAUCUUCCCAGAGAGUGGCUUCUUGUCCUCAGAUAAGCUGUCCUUACUCGAAAAACUGCUACCUACAAGGCAGGAGAUAGAAGAAACUGAGGAAAUGGAACAGGUUGAAUUAGUGGACUUUGAUCCAUCUCAAAAGCGAAAACACCACUAUAAUGGAGAAGUGUAUGAAGAUGAUGAGCAUCAGCCUAGAGGAGGUGUUCAGUGCCAGACAUCAUAAAUGGGCCAGUGAAUAAUUCUUGUGAUGCUUGUUUUGUAUGCAGUAGUGGAUGAGUGAAGGACUACAAGCAGUUUGCCCUCGCCUCCUGCUAUUUGUUGUUCUAUCCAGCCAUAGUUAUUUCUAAAAGCAUAAAGAAAUAAACUAAGUAAUUAAACUGACUUUGCAAUUUGUAUAAGGCUCCAGGAUGCAAGCUGAAAUGAAGUUGACUGCACUUCACCCAUGGCUCUUGGUCCAGAAAAUUCCCAUACCUGCUUGUCUUUUAUUCCAAACCUUGUAAUUCCUGUAUGUGUGCAAUUACCCAGCCUUAAACUAAGAUCCUGUGGUGUGCUUUUUAGGAAUUCUAGAUCUUAUACUUUGUGAAUAAAGUAUGCACAAGUACUUAUAAUCCAUGGUAAGAUGCAGUUAAGUUUUCUACCAAUUAGGAUAAUAAUGUUUGGGCUUGUACUGCUGGUGUGUGUUAAAUAGGGACUGGCUCUAAUGCACCCACAUGGUAGUUGAGGCUGACACAGAUGUGGUUGCUCUUCACAGGCCCAUUAAAGACAUGUCAUCCCCAAGCUCUCCAUGCUAUUCCACGUGAGGUCAGAUAGUCCUUCUGGCACUGGUCCUGACCCCAGAGCUCGGUGUUGAGCUUGCUUUGUUUCAUCAGUGACUCCCUUUUGGCUGCUGUCCUGAGCCACGCUGCCUGUGGAGCCAGUGGUUGCUUGGAGCUGCCUUGGCUACUGCACUAGAAGAUUAACAAAAUCCUCUAGGCUUUGUCAGCACACAGGUGGCUUGGAACGUCAGACUGUUGCUAGGUGAAGCUUGAUUUCCACCUUGAUUACUGAAAUCAGAUACCCCUUGGUGUGUUACGGAAAGCAUUACCAGUCCUCUUAGCUGGGUAUAUGUGAUCCUGCAGAGCAGAGAAGGCUAGUGAAUACAACCAAUCAAUGCAUCUAGGAUGUUCUGAAAUUAAUGUAUUGUGUGCAUUAUUUCAAGCUGACUCUUAAAUUUCUGUAUGAAUGUUCUAAUUAUUGUAGAUUAAGUGUUUCCAAUAUAAUUACAAAAUCGUU